AUGAAACGUGAUCCAUUACCUUUACGAAGGCUCAAUAAUUCUGUACGCAACCACGCGUGCGGUGUAUUGCCCAGAUACUUUGACUUGUGCUUUUUGUGGCCCAGAGCAUCGAGAUGGAAAAAAAAAUUGAGCUACGUAUUUAUUGGGUCUAUACAUCCAAAUUUUCGCAGAAGAGUACGACGCUGCCGUGGGGAUAAAACGGGCCGUUUCUCGUCGCGUCAAAACCUAGCGAAGUCGGCUAUAUUUGAGGAAUCGAUGUGGAAGUUCAAAUGUACAUAUACAGGAAGUCCCCUGAAUGAUGCUAUGAAGACCCUCGUUUCUCAUCUCCUGAUGACUUCAAGAAACGUGCGCCUCCACCUUUACAUAGGUAAAAAUCGAUAUCAGUCGGCCACUAUGCGUGCUGCACAACGCCCAUAUACCUUGACUUGCUAUAGGCUGGCCGGGGUGAAAGCCACCGAUAGCCCUGAGAUCAAACCAUAU